AUGGGCACUACAAAGACUACAAAAGAUGAUAUGUUUGCCAUUAAAAUCUUAUUUACUGACGAAGCUACAUUUACAAACAAUGGACAAGUAAAUCUUCGCAACAUGCACUAUUGGUCGGUAGAAAACUCACAUUGGAUGAGAGAAGUGGACAAGCAGAGACCUUGGUCUAUAAACGUCUGGGCCUCAAUUCUUAACGAUAAAAUAAUUGAUCUUCACUUUAUCGAUGGACCAUUAAAUAGUCGCAAGUAUGCACAGAUUUUAACAGAAAUAUUGCCACUAUUAUUAGAAGAUCUUCCACUAAACGUACGACAAUCAAUGUUGUACCAACAAGAUGGAUGUCCUGCUCAUUCUGCACGGAUUAUUACUGAAUUGCUAAACAGAAAAUUUGGAGAUUGUUGGAUUGGUCGGUCAGGAUAUAACAGGCCCGCACGUUCCCCAGAUUUAACACUUAUGGAUUUUUAUUUGUGGGGAAAGUUAAAACAACAAGUGUACAGCGAAAUGCCGACAACAAGAGAAGACAUGAAAGAGCGUAUAAGAAGAGCUUGA